GGCAGCCAAUGAGAGCGCAGCGGCGGCGCCGUGCGGGAGUGCGGGAGAGGGCGCGGGGCUGAGGCGCGGCGGCCAUGGCGGGCGGCGGAGGGCAGCGGCGGUGCCGGCGGCUGGAGGCCGAGGCGGCCCGGGCCGUGCUCGGCGCCGCCGACACGCUGCUCUUUGACUGCGACGGGGUGCUGUGGCGGGGCGAGGCGGCGGUGAGCGGCGCGGCGGCGGCGCUGGGCCGGCUGGCGGCGGCGGGCAAGCGGCUGUGCUACGUGACCAACAACAGCAGCCGGACGCGCGCGGCCUACACCGAGAAGCUGCGGCGCUUGGGCUUCCCGCCCGCCGAGCUCCGCAACAUCUUCGGCUCGGCCUAUUGCGCCGCCCGUUACCUCCGCCAGGCCCUGCCGCCCGGCGCCGCCGCCUACGUGCUGGGCAGCCCCGCGCUGGCCGCCGAGCUGGAGGCUGUGGGUAUCCCGCACCUCGGGCCCGGCCCUGCCGCCCUGCCCGGCCCCGCGCCCGCCGACUGGGCCCAAGCGCCGCUCGACCCCGCCGUGCGCGCCGUCCUCGUGGGUUUCGACGAGCACUUCAGUUACGCCAAGCUGUGCCAGGCCCUGCGCUACCUCCUGCGCGGUGGCACCGACUGCCUCCUCGUCGGCACCAACCGUGACCACUGGCUCCCGCUCGAGGGCGGCGCCGCCAUCCCCGGGACGGGCUGCCUGGUGAAAGCAGUGGAGACAGCAGCCCAGCGCGAGGCGUUCAUCGUGGGGAAGCCCAACCGGUACAUGUUCGACUGUGUGGUGAGCGAGUUCAACAUCGACCCCGCUCGUACCAUCAUGGUGGGAGAUCGGCUGGACACAGACAUCCUCAUGGGCAACUCCUGCGGGCUCACCACCCUGCUCACGCUCACCGGGGUCACCGCGCUGGACGAAGUGAGGGGCCACCAGGACAGCGCCUGCCCGGCCAGGCAGAGCCUGGUGCCCGAUUACUACGUCGACAGCAUCGCCGACCUCCUGCCAGCACUGGGGGAGUAGGAGAGCAGGGUGCUUGCAGCCUCUGCAGCGGUACCCCCUUAAUCACCUUGUGACAGUAACUAGCAUACCACCCGGAGUUAGCAGCCCUUAGCAGCUAUUUAACCUCCCUGUCCUCCCAGUGUGAUUUUGUUUACAUCUCGGUCUUUAAAUGCACUUUGAAGCCAAAAGGGCAUUACAGUGUCACCCACAUCCUGGGGGCUUGGGGCUGUUUUUAAAUUAAUUGUAAGCAACACAUCUAUCCAAAUGUUUCUUUUGCUCAGUGUCACCUUGUCGUCUAGACUGAGUUGAGGGAAGUAGAGCUGGUUGAUCUGAGGAAAAGAGCCCAACAUCUUGUGGUGUGUCCUUGCCUGGAGAGGCUGUGACUCAGUCUGGUUUAUUCAGGGAAACCUGGAGCUUUUAGUACUUAACGGCUCAGUCUGGUUUAUUCAGGGAAACCUGGAAUAUUUCGUGCUUAACAGCUAUGUUGGGCAACGCCUGCAGGCAUUGGCACGUGGCAGGAUUAGUCUUUAGCUGUGGGUUGAUUUUUCUUCUUCCAGCCCAAUGCAAAUGUAACAGAAACUGAACCCAUCUUCCUUUGUUUGACCACUGCAGAUUGCACUAGUGCAGAUCAGGAUGCUUCCACUCUCAGAAUACAAACAGUGUCUUCUCUCUGCCUGUGUUUGUCCGAGUGCUGGGUGUAUGUAUGAAGCACAUGUACAUACAGAGCUACCCCCCUCCUAAAUAUAUAUCAGAAUAUAUUUAAAUUAUAAAUUUAAGUAUAGUAUAUGAUAAUAUAUCUUGUUUCCCAAAAGGGAGGAUAAGAGGAAUGUACUUCACUGAUCACAGUAGAUUUAAUUCUAAGCUUUUGCAUUUGGUAAUGCAGAAAGUCUGUACCCACACAGGACUGUCCUUCACUGCUGCUGCUUCCCGGAUAACUGGAUCCAUUAGUACCAAGUUAAUUCUUGUACUUCCCUCAGCAUCCAAAUAGCUGCUUCCUUUGGCUUUAGCUGCAGCAUCAGAGCCGAUGCUCAGCUCACAGGGGCUGGAUCUAGCACAGCUUUCCUCUCAAAGAAUCCCAAGGCUGUGUGUGAUGGUGGCACGUGCUUCCUUCAGCACCUGAGGUUCAGCUCUUCCCUGGGCGCCGGGGGCCGGCGCUUGGCUGCGGAGCAGCACGCGCUGGCUCAGGUGAUGAUUCCAGUUUGAUCUGGAGCUGGGUUUGGGUGAUGCACAGCUCGGGUACCUCGUAGCUGGAUCCAAGGCCACAGGUGAAAGCUUCUGCAGUACAGAAUUAAAUGAAACAUUAAAUAUGCAAAUAAGCUGCUUUUAUCCAUAGCUUCCACGGUCGGUAGCUGAAUUUAAACAACUUCCUUCCUUCGCCUCCCACUGUGCAGCCAGGCAGCUCUGGCAGUGUGUUGGUGCCAUUUCCUUCCACUCACAACGAGCCACUUGUUUGUAGAGCAAUAACCCUGCAGUUCAUGUUGUCUUUCGGGGUUACCAGAGUAUUAGCUGAUCCUGUCCAAGGUGUUCCCUUGUGUCGGGAAGCACGGAUCACCUCUUCCCUGCUCCUCCCUCCAGCUGGAAGGCUGUGGCUAUGCGAAGUCACAGAGAAACCCUUAGAGGGAGAACUUUGGGUUAACGUGGAAAUGGAUGUGAUGGAUUUCCUGCAGGGAGAGCCUGGCUUCAGGAUGUGUUCCUGGAUUCAGUUCUUGUAUCUGGUGCUUGGAAUGUCAGAAGAUGACAAGUAAAGCAGCAGACACCAGGAGAGGCCUGGCCUGGCUGGAGCUGGCGCUGGCCCUGCACGAGGGACCUGUUACCUCGAGUCAUGUGCUGAAACGUGUGGGUGAGGGUGUCAGCCGUGCUUCAGAACUCUGUACAACUUCCAAACGGUUUUUAAGCCUUUACUUGAAUUCACAUUAAACUUCAAAACCUGCUUUCCCCA